AUGGAUUGUCAGCUAUAUUGGUAUGAUGCAAAUAUGAUUAAAAAUGGAGAAAAGAAAAAUAAGAUCUUUAAUUUGAUUGUAUCCGUUCCUAUUGGUACUUUCCUUUUCAACAGUAGACAAAUGGUUGCUUUAUUGGUUAUAAUUGAUCGCUUCGAAAAACUCUUGGCAAGUCAGGCGGAAAGACUUCUGCAUUUUAUGGCCAAUGGACAAUUGACCUCGAGCAACUAA